CGUUAUCUCCCUUUUGUCAAUGUUGGCGAAAUAGAGCCUGGUCCUCUGAACUUGUCGAAACAAAUCUUGCAUGAAGGGCAUCUGAGAUUUUGCUUUUGCUUUUGCUUGCCGGCAGUCAAAUUCCUGUCGAAUAUCUUACGUGGAUAGGAGAUACAAUGGUGACUGCUACACCACGCUCAAGGACUCGCCCCCCGCCUCGACUCAGAACGAAGACGGGAUGUUUGACAUGUCGACAGCGGCGGAAGAAGUGCGAUGAGGUCAAGCCUCGCUGUUCAGCAUGUCAACAUAACUGGCUAGAAUGCGCCUGGCCAUCCGCUUCCCACGGCACGAGGAAUACUUCAACACAUGAGCCACUUAAAUACACACAGCCAAUCUUAGUUGGGUCUGAAGAGACUUCUACCUUGAUCCCCAAUCGGCAAUAUGUAUUGGAUGAAGCUGUUCCGAAAUCAUCAGCAGAGUCGGCAGUAGAAAAGUUCGAAUCGCCCUAUCUACAGAUUCAAAGAGCCUUGUCAUGCGCAAUAAAUUCACCUCAGCCCUUGUACUCACCGCCAGGUCUUCACAAACCAAGCGAUAAGUGGAGCAUUCUGCAUUUCAUUAACGAGCUUGGUCCCUUCAUCGUUCGAUCACAUUCUCACGCAGGUUUUUUUGACCAUUCAUACGUCGUACAGUUGGCGCUUCACAAUCCAAGUAUGAUGGACGCGUUGGUUGCAUUCUCUAGUGUGCAUAAGGCCGCUCACAGUGUUGAUGAUUAUCCAAUGGCCGUUGAACGCUACGGAUCGGCUAUAAAAAGCAUUCGGCGAAUGCUGGACUCCAAGACCCUGAACGGAACAGAGGAUUGGUUGUUGUUGGUUGUGGACUUUUUAUGUCUUUUUGAAAGGUGGAAUUCCUAUUCUGUAUUGAAUCCUACGGUGCAUCUCACUGCACUCAUUCAGAUGCUUAAGGCUCGUUACGCCAAAAGAGAUGUUUCUCUUUCUUCGCCUUACGUGCACAUUUUCGAGCGAACCAUGGCCGAAUCUGUCUUAUAUCAUUUUCUUCGGCCAGUUCUCACUCUCGACCCAUUCCCAAAUUCACCACGAUGGAUUAAUUCACCACUCUUGGGGUAUUCACCAAGGCUUUUCGAGAUAAUUCUGAAAAUCUUAAAACUACGCCUCUUCGUACCUUUGAGUCUUGCUUAUCGUCAAGAGGCAUAUUCACUCUAUCAUGAACUGCUGGUCCUUGGCCUGGAAUCUCCCAAUUUCGAUGCCAGUCACACAGACAAAGAUGUAAAGGCAAAAAUGGAAGCUUGCUGGGAUACGACAAGAUUAUUUUAUCUGAGCGCCAAAAUUCUUUUGCUGAAGUUUAUCCACCCAGAAAUCAAUUCGCAGAGCAAUCUCGUACAAGUGCAGGUCAAACAAGCGUGGGAAAUACUAGCGCCCUCCAAGCCUUCCACAUUCCGAUACGACCAUUACUUAACUUGGCCAUUGACCAUCAUCGGCCUAUGUGCGAUCGGCAACACGGAAAGGACCAUUAUCUGCGAUAUCUUGCAAAAAAUAUGGGAUAUCAAAAAUUGUGGCGAAGUUAAACGUUCUCUAAAUCUGCUCAAACGAGUAUGGGUCGAUUGUGAUGAUCAAGAGAACUGCGACCAACAACAGUUCGACCGAACACCUUUUAAACCUUUAGAUUUACUCACUUGUAAGAAUGGGCUAUCGACGUUCUAUUGAAUCGAAGAUACAAGUAUCCGGACAAGACUAUCUAAAAUUUGGCCCAACAAUGCAAAAGUUGAAUGACAGAUUAUAUCGCAACUUCAUUGUUUUACUUUAAGUACAGAUGCAAUCUCCUCUGCAGCCGAAAGUAGUUCUUCGUCCUGAUAUCUGCGUCCUACUACCUGAAU